UCUAAUCGCCCGCCUCUUCAAACCCUCAGUGCCCUUCGUUCAAUAUUGUUUUUGCUUCUUACCCCCAACUGGGUAUUGCAAUCAGAGCAAUCAGUUACCAAGUAUGAAUGAGAGAGGAUUUCAUCUUUAAUAUUCUAAGAAGAAAGCAUUCUACGGCGUUCAGCAAUCUUCUAGAUUUUGGAUUUUGAUCCAGCUCUUGAUGCCUUUGCUCUCACCAGCAAAUAAUGUUCUCAUCGUGUGACAGACUCGAUGUCGCUCUUCUUUUUUGAGUAAAGGAUGCUUUCCAUAAAGCAGUUAACGUAAAAUCCUCUGGGUGACUCGGCCAUUCUCAUAACAUACGAAAAUUGUGAAGCCUCUGGUUGGCGGUCCUUCAUUACGAAAGCGUAUUUGGAAAUAUAUAUCAGAGUGCCUGAAGAAAUAAACUUGUCUGUCUAUUUGCUAUGAUAGGCUGGCCACCUUGCCUUACUCUGGUGAGCUGGAUUGUGCAAAACGGGAGAUUGCCGAAUGAGCAAAAUGGCUUCCUCCACGGAUGAUCUGAUGACUUGAACGAUUCAAGGGCUGUCGAAACGAAGAAGAAUAUCAUGGUAUUAACAGACCAUAUUGUUCCGUUUAGGGAGAGUUCUACCGUCCAACCGAAGGACCCUGCUCGUGUCAGCUUCCAAGGGGAAGCAUCCUCAACCCCUUUGAUCUCAACAUGGAAUCUGUUCCGGCUUGCUUUAGUGACUUCCAGUAUGCUAUUUGUCUUUCUUCUCUCCACGAUUUACAGCCUCAAUCAAGCUUCUGGAGUGCCAUCUUCAAAAGGAGGCUGGUUGGAGAUGAAGCAGUCACCACUGCAUCAUGUCCUUAUCCAAGACCAUUCCUUGUCCAAUGAUUUGAAGGAGACUGAUUCCGGAUUGCUUCAGAGGAUCAAUGACAAGGCAACUCUUGAGCUGAAAACUUUGGUGAUCGCCGAGACAGUAGUACCCUUCGAAAAAAGAGAAAUGCUUUCGGAUUACGUCAAGCAGCAGCUGGAUGGAUCUGAAGUUAUCUCGAGUGAGCAAAAAUCUGCCGUCAUGAACAUGGUGAACAUGGCGCCCAUCGAAGGGAGCAUUAACGAAGAAGAAAGAGGAGUGGGAGGGAGUUUGCGAAAUUCUGCUGUCAUCGCAUUGUUCAAAACUUAUCAGAAAAAUAUCCAUUUCCUGUUGAUCGGGGUGCGUGUUGAGCCACGGUUGGGCUGGAGAAGGAUAUCUGUAAGAGAGCGCAAUGCUUGGAAUGAUAAUCUGUCAAGAGUGCUGUACAACAAGAUUCGCGCUGAAGCAAAGACCUUCGUGGCAUAUGGUACUCCAACUCAAUUGACUGAACGCGACCUUUAACGUCAAGACAAUAUCCCAAGAUCCGCUUGGUGUGCUAGUUUUGCUCCAGAUUGUCGUAGAAGCCCACCUAAAAGUCCUGCAAACUUGGAAACUUCCUUCCUGGCAUCACAUCAAUUCCGUUAAUAUCAUGGCGUGAAUUAGUAGUGAACAGUAAUGCCCGAAGACGUCUACAGAACGGAAGCGUAAGUGAUAAGUCUACGAAAACAUCCCUAUAAAAACCCAGACGACGUUUGCGAGUUUCCUUAUACUUCAGUAACGCAGGUAGCUGAGUUCAUCGAAAUUCAUCAGUAGCCUAUACCACAUCGGCUGAUGUUGUGAAACGUAAAUCAAACCAUCCCUGAGCUUCUUUCACCAUUGCACGCCAACAUGAGUUCUCACCGUCUGUUCAUUUCCCUGGUUGACUUUUGCUUAAAACAUGUCGAACCAUGGACAUCUACCCAGUUAAUUCAGAGCAUGAUAGAUGUGGGAAAAUUGACUCUGAGCUCGAUUGCAUGGUCUGUGAUUCAUUCUCAGAAAGUUGUGAAAAGCCUCUCAGCAAAAUUUUCGGGA